CAGCGACAGCGGCGACAGCGGCGACGGCGACAGCGGCGGGAGCAGAAAGGGAAUCAAAAUCCAAGGACUAAAUUAUUAUCAGGGACUCUACUGGAAAAAAUCAUGAUUAUCUGCAACUGAAGUCUUUUGAUGGAACUCGACUACAGAGAUGGAUUGAAACAGAAACCAAGGGAGAGAGAAAUCCAAGAUUUGGCUGAUUGCAGUCUCGAUGGACCCUUAGUGCCGCGCUCCCCUUUGGAAAGAAGCAGGCCGGUUCUGGUGAAAGAGCCUAAAAUUCUGGGUGACAGUUCUAUGGAUAAAUGAGAAGAUCCCGAUUCUGUCCCCUUGAGCCUAUAUAAGGACUUCCAGUUUCCAAAGAGACGCUUAUUUUCCCACCACCACCCUUAACAAAGAUGUCCGAACCUGACCCGUCAUCUGGAUUUGUGGGAAAUGCAGAGAAUGAGACCUUUCUGGAGCUAUUUCCCACAUCUCUGUCCACUUCAGUGGACUCAUCAUCCGGUCAUUUAUCCAACGUCUACAUCUACGUUUCAAUAUUCCUCAGCCUCUUAGCUUUUCUGCUUCUGCUCUUAAUCAUCGCACUGCAGAGGCUCAAAAACAUCAUCUCCUCCAGUUCCUCCUAUCCAGAAUACCCAAGCGAUGCUGGAAGUUCCUUCACGAAUCUAGAGGUCUGCAGCAUUUCCUCCCAGAGGUCUACUUUUUCAAACCUGUCCUCGUGAGAAGAAACCAAAAAGAGAACACUCUCUCGUAUGGAAACAGCACUGCCCGCCCUUUGGGGGAAAAGACCGUGGGCAGGUGUUGCCUGCAGAGUGGAUUAAAUGAUGAGAUAAGUGAUUUAUGUGUGCUGAAUUUCCCCCACGCUCUCUAGCCUCAACUUUCCUUUUCAUUAAUGAUGCCUUUUACAGGUGGGCAUGUGAUAAUGAUGCCCAUCCUUGAGGAGUGGUGAAGCAGCCAGGUGGGCUAUGUGGUAUCUGAUUCCUUUGGGAUGGGGGCAAUUGACUCGGUGUUGUGCAGAACCUUCCAUCUUGCCUGAAAUUCUUCUCAUUGGUGUGGACGGCCUAGAUGCCGAGAAAAACUUUUAGGUUCAUUCUUCCUACUGAAGCCAUCAUUCCAAUGGAGUCAAUGGGUAUGAAUGUAAUAAGCUUCUUAGCACUUAACAGAGCGUAUUUUCUGUAACUGUAACCUCAAUCUGAUGUCCCUUGUGAUAUGUUGGGAAAAAGUUUCAAAUAUUUACCACUCACUCUCCCGUUAAUAAAUCAGAAUAAUUGAAUUAGAUAAUUUAAAUUAUUCUGAAUUUUGAGGGAUUGGGGAGAGAAGGCUCACUGUUGCCGAAGAUGAUCAUAUAACAGAAUGAAAUCUGUGUUGCAAUCUGCCUUCUGGCCUUUCCUUUCAUAUGUCACGGCUCCAGCGUGUCACUGUUUUUGGCGGAGUCCACUGUGAGAAAGAGAGCCAUUACGAUAAGGAAUAUCCGAUGUAAAUUGGGGAAGGUUGGGAGGGGGCUCACUUUGCUUCGUACCCACCAUUCCCAUCAGUGAGCAUUAAGCACAUGAUGAAUGAACUCUAAACAUUUAAAGAAUUAUAUUUCAUACAGUGAUGACCCGUGGCAAUACAUCUGAAUGAAAUGUAUUCCUCUAUUCAAUUUCAUACUAAUUAAUGUAGUAACGUACUUGUGAAGAGUGCAAGGCAUCAUCGGAUCAUGGCCAAAAUUUCAAGAUGGGUAAUUAAACCUUCCCAGUGAAUGUGAACUGCCUUUCACAGCAGUUCUAUGUGACUCCUGUAAAUUAGGUUGGCAGAACUCUCAUGCUUCCACUUGCCGAAGCUCCUUCCUGAAUUAGUUCAGGCCAUUCUCCUGAAUGGCUGGCUUCCUUCCCUCAAUUCUACCACCGAGUUCAGUCAGGCCAAUGAAAACAGGCCCGGGACCUAAGAGAAAUCAAGCUACGAUAAAGCAGUCAUUUUCAUCAGAGACUGAAAUCCAAUACCACAGUAUUCUAACUGGAUUUUUGUCAGGUUACCAAGGUUUACCGGAGGCUAAAACUGUAAAGAGUGGAAAGGUUUAGUGGGAAACUUGCAGGUUGAAAGGAAUGUUUCUAGUGACAAGGUUAACUUUCCUGGCUUACAUUUUAGUAAUAGUAGUUGUAAUGUUAUUUACUGAUCCCCUUCUGGGUGAGGUACACUGUACUAAGCAGUUGGGAAAGCACAACAGAAGCACAAGACACAUUCUCUGCCCAGUAGGCGCUUAGCAAACCGGACUGACCGACUUCAAAAUUGUACUGGUCCUGAUGAUCUUCUGAUGAAAAAUCGUACAGGAUUUGUAUUGCCAUGUGCCUGCCCUUGUAGGUCCAAAUGAGAAAAAACACGGAAGAAAAAUCCUCUGUUAAGCAAAUGUAGCUAUCCCCUUUCCAAUCUUGUAAGCUGUAUUAUGAACCUGUCUGAAGUCUGAAAUUGCAUACUAUUGCUGCAGCAACAUGACCUAAGAGAGUGGAUUCUUGCCUCUUCCUUCCAGGAAUUUCAUCCAGCCUUUGGCAAUACAUCCAUUUGCAGAAAACACAUCUUCCUCAAAUGAGCCGUGAUUGCAAAUAGGACAUAGAUCACAAAUGUAAGUUGCGUUCCCGUAAUAUCAAAAGUUUUUUGGGUUUUUUUCAUUCUACUUUAUGUGCCUCAGAAGCAUUAUUUAUUGUGGAGUGGAAAGAAAAAAAACAAAAUAUUGGGUUAACUGGCCCUGGGUUACAAAUCUGUAAAGAGAAGCUGGUUUUUCAGCAGGUACAAGUGUCAGAUGAAUAUGGGCUGCUUAAAAUGUUCACAGGGGUGGAAGGAUCUGUUGGUUAAUAAAGAACUGGAGCCCAAA